CCCAUAUAUCAUUCACUCGCUGAAAAUUCCUGAACUACCUAUCUCUCCGUAGUUCUCGCCACAAUGAAGUACUACAAUUAUCUUUACCUUAUUUUAUUUUUCUUCUCUAUGAGCUUGCAAGUGAAUGCUUCAGGAAAUGAUACUGACCUGAUUGCUUUGCUGAAGUUCAAAGAAGCAAUAACAAGCGAUCCAAAUCGAAUCUUGGACUCAUGGAAUGACUCAACCCAUUUCUGUAAUUGGUUUGGAAUCUCCUGCAACUCUAAGGAUCAAAGAGUCAAAUCUUUAAUUUUACAAGGCCAGAACUUAUUUGGACCCAUAUCACCAUAUAUUGGCAACCUGAGCUUCCUCAGCUUUAUCAAUCUCAAAAACAACAGCUUCUCUGGUCAAAUUCCACAAGAAAUUGGCAAGUUAUCUGUUCUACAGUAUUUCUUUGUCACUAAUAACUCAUUCGAAGGCGAAAUUCCAAGCAAUUUAUCCCUGUGUUCUCAACUUAGGAAAAUUGAUUUACAGGGAAACAACUUUUCAGGAAGAAUCCCAUCAGGAAUUGGUUCUUUAGUUCAGCUUCAGGAGCUUUGGCUUGGAAAGAAUAAUCUAAAUGGAGAAAUUCCAGCUUCUUUAGGCAACCUUUCGUCGCUAAAUGUCUUCUAUGUCACAUUUAACAAUUUGACAGGAAAUGUUCCUGAUGAUAUUGGAAGAUUAAAGAGGUUAAGGACUUUCGCCAUAGGUGCUAAUCAAUUUUCUGGUAUAAUCCCUCCAUCUAUUUUUAAUAUCUCAUCUUUAACUAAGUUUCUAGUUACACAUAACCAUCUAAAUGGUAGUUUGCCACAAAAUAUAGGCUUCACUCUCCCAAAUCUUGAUUUCUUUGGCAUUGGUGAAAACGAUUUUUUUGGGUCAAUCUCCAAUUCUUUAUUCAAUGCCUCUAAAUUGGAAAUUAUUGAUCUUGGUUGGAAUAAUUUUGUUGGGAAAGUUCCAUUGAAUAUUGGGAACUUAAAAAAUCUUUGGAGGAUUAGACUUCAUGGGAAUAAUUUAGGGAGUAAUUCAAGUAAUGACUUGGAUUUUAUUUCCUAUAUUACAAAUUGUACUAAAUUGAAAAUCUUAGAUUUUGGUAGAAACAAUUUUGGAGGUCUUUUUCCCAAUUCUGUUGCAAAUUUGUCUACUGAACUAAGUUUAUUUUAUUUUGGGCGUAAUCAAAUUAGAGGCACAAUUCCUUUAGGGUUAGAAAACUUCAUCAAUUUAGUUGGGUUAGUCAUGCACUAUAAUCUUUUUAGUGGUGUUGUUCCUUAUUAUUUUGGGAAAUUCCAAAAAUUGCAAGUUUUAGAUUUAACUGGAAAUAAAUUUUCAGGUGAAAUUCCAUCUUCUUUAGCUAACUUAACUCAAUUGUCUAUUCUCUUCUUAUCAAGAAACAGAUUCGAAGGAAACAUUCCUUCAAAUUUUGGGAACUUAAAAAAUCUGAAUUGCUUACUCCUUUCACAAAAUAACCUUAGUGGAGCCAUACCCCAUGAGAUUCUCAGCCUUUCUUCUUUAUCACAAGCAUUAGACUUGUCACAAAACUCAUUAAUGGGUAAUUUACCUCAAGAAAUAGGGAAGUUAACUAGCUUAACAACACUACUCCUUUUUGGAAAUAAUCUCUCAGGUGAAAUUCCUACAACCAUUGGAAAUUGUUUGGGUUUAGAAUAUCUUUAUAUGCAAGAUAAUUACUUUCAAGGAAUUAUCCCACCUUCUUUAGCUUCUCUAAAAGGCCUUCAAUAUUUAGAUCUUUCACAAAACAAUUUGUCAGGAGAAGUUCCAAAAGGUCUGGAAAGCAUUCAGUUUUUAGUAUAUUUGAACCUUUCUUUCAACAGUCUUGAAGGUGAAAUACCAAAUGGAGGAGUUUUCCAAAAUGUAACUGCAUUGUCACUAAUUGGAAACAAUAAACUUUGUGGUGGUGUAGAAGAGCUUAAUUUGCCAAAAUGUCCAAAAAUGGAGGUCAAGAAAGGGAAGUCACUUGCAUUUAAGCUAGCAAUCAUAAGUUCUUGUUUGGGGGCCUUAUGUGCUUUCUUCAUGUUAGCUUUUAUUCUUCUGUUCUACAAGAGGUCAAAAUUAGAAAAGAACAGAAAUUCUGAGUCCUCCAUAAUGGACAGCAACCCUGAGGGGUUAGCUUGUGAUAAACUGAAGAUAUCUUACAGUGACAUCUUUCUCGCAACAAAUGGGUUCUCUUCGAGCAAUUUAAUCGGAUGUGGAAGCUUUGGAUCUGUAUAUAAAGGAUUUCUUCAUCAAGUAAGAAGGCCAGUGGCUAUUAAAGUUAUUAAGCUUCAAGUAAGAGGAGCUUCUAAGAGUUUCAAAGCUGAAUGCAAAGUUUUAAUGAACAUUCGCCAUCGAAACCUUAUCAAGAUGUUGGGAUAUUGCUCUGGUGUGGAUGGCAGAGUCAAUAUAUUCAAAGCUUUAGUCUUUGAAUUCAUGGGAAAUGGGAGCUUAGACAUGUGGUUGCAUCCUGACAAUCAAUCCAAGAACUUAAGCCUUGUCCAGAGACUAAACAUUGCUCUUGAUAUAGCACAAGCAUUACAUUAUCUUCACGACAAUUGUAAAACGGCAAUCGUUCAUUGUGAUUUGAAGCCUAGCAAUGUUCUUCUAGAUGAUGAUAUGGUUGCUCAUGUCUGUGAUUUUGGACUAGCAAAGCUCCUCUCAAAUUCUCAAAGCCAAUUCAGCACAAAUGGAAUGAAAGGAACUAUUGGUUAUGCUGCUCCAGAAUAUGGAAUGGGCUGUGAAGCAUCAAGAAUGGGGGAUGUGUAUAGCUAUGGGAUUCUUGUACUAGAGAUGUUUACAGGAAAAAGACCAACGGAUGAAAUGUUCAAAGAUGGUUUAAAUCUCCAUGAUUUUGUGAAGCAAGCGUGGCCGAGAAGACUACUGGAGAUUAUAGAUCCAAAUAUUCUAGCAGAAGAAUCAAAAGCAGCAAGAAUAGCAAGUGAAAAAGAUGUUCAACAUCCAUUAGUAGAGGAAGAAGAUGAAGGGAUUGAGAAAACAAGCAAGAUGUCAGAAAAUGUGCAAGAAUGCUUAGUUUCAGUAUUUGAAAUUGGGCUUAGAUGUUCAGCAGAAUCAGCUAGACGAAGAAUCAAAAUGAGUGAUGUGGUCGAAGCACUCGAUUUGAUCAAGCGUGAUUUUCUUGAAGGAAGCAAUCCAACAACUAUUAGCCAAGAUUUAUAGAAGAUUCAAUGUUUUGGGCCAUUUGGUCAAAUUCAACCCACUUUGAUUUCAUUACCUUCUGCACAAUUUCUUAAUUUGAGCAUUUUGAUUGUUUUCAGUUCGGUCACCAUUUCUUGAUUACAAAUUACUAAACAGUAUUACUUUUAUAUAUUUCUUCUCAAAAAAAAUUACCU